AUGCAAGAAACCGACUUUGACACCCCCCCUCGCUCCGCGACACCGACCGCUCCCCCCCUCUCCCGCUCCACAUCCUCCCUAAGCGGCAUCGCAAGCCUCGGCGUCGACCGCGUCGGCGAGAACUGGUCCGAGGGCCUAGUUUUGCUCGACGUAAUCGAGACCUUCUUCGACUCGCGCCUCGACCUCUGGGAACGGCGGCUCAAGCAAUCGUCCCGCAAAAUCAAGAGGCGUGCGGCCGAGCUCGUCCCAAAGGGCCUGCGUACACCCAAGGGGUCCAUGGUCGUGCUUGAUGAUAGCGACGAUAGCGGGAAUCAUAUUCUCACGAAGCGCCAUUUGCCGCAUAAACAUGAUGUGGAGCGCGAACUGUCACGGUUCAAGGUCAAGGUUGCGGACAGAGUUAAUCGUCUCUCGGCGAGCUGGGCUAGCGACUCGGUCGUCCGCACCCGCGAGAAGCUAUCCUUCGUCCUCGGCGUCUGCACCCUCGCCGGCACCUGCCUCCUCUGGGGCCUCUCGCCAACCUGGUUCCCCGUCGUGUACACCGUCCAAGCUAUCAUCUACCUUACAUGGCGCGUGUACAGCUACAAGAAGCAACACUUCCACUACUUCCUCUUCGACCUGUGCUACUUUGUCAACAUCCUCGACAUGACCUGGCUCUGGUUCUUCCCCUCCUCCACCGUCCUGUUCAUCUGCUGCUACUGCCUCACCAUGGGCCCGCUCGCUAGCGCCAUCAUCACGUGGCGCAACUCGCUCGUUUUCCACUCCAUCGACAAGGUCACCAGCCUGUUCAUCCACAUUUACCCUCCAUUAGUGUUUGGCAUCAUUCUAUUCCGUUAUCCCAAUGCAGGUGAACGGUAUCCCGGCAUCGUACACGUUGACGACUACGGUUGGAUCGAGCGCAUCGCGCUGUCCGCCGUCCCGUACUGCCUGUGGCAGCUGACGUACUGGAAGGAGUUCAUCUCCGUCGACCGCCACGAGAAGAUCGCCAGCGGUCAGCGCGAGAAUUCGUUCCACUACCUUCUGCAUGACAAACACAACCCCAUCGGUCGCGCGUUGCGCGGUAUCCCAGAAGGGCACCGCGAGACGUGGUUCAUCUUUGGGCAGCUGAUCUACUCGAUCGUCUUCAUGAUCCCCGCCUCUGUGCUGUUCUUGCACAGCGAGAUGGCGACCUAUAUCUGUCUUUCGGUGCUCUUCCUUGUAAGCACGUGGAACGGCGCGACGUUCUACGUCGAGGUGUUCGGGCGCAAGUUUGCGCGCGAGCUCGAGAAGCUCCGCAAGGAGAUGGACGCGAUGAGCGCGACAUCCUCCAACAGCUCUGGCCGCACGCCGAGCAACCCGUCUACGCCGACCGCCGAUGAGAACAUGCCGGUUGAGGACCGCCUCGACGCGCUGGCCAACUCGCCCCUCAUUCUCCCGGGCACCAACACCCCAGACGUACCCGAGAUCCCGCCGCUCGACAGGCCCAAGGCCGAGUAA